UCCCCAUUCCAAACCCAGCGCACCUAUCCGGCUAUCCCCAUUUCGUUCCCCGCCGCGGCACUUGGCGUCGUCCGCCCCGCAGCUCAGCUCCACACGCCCGCCCACUCCCUCCGCCGCAAGCGAUGGCGACCAUCACCACGCAGCUCCGCUCCGCGCUCCUCUCCCCGGCCGCCUCGUCGUCGUCGUCCUCCUCCCCGCGCCGCGGCGGCCGGCGCGCGCCCUCCUCCGUCCGCUGCGACGCCUCUCCCCCGGCGGCGUCCGCGUCGGCCUCCCUCGACCCGGACUUCGACAAGAAGGCCUUCCGCCACAACCUCACCCGCAGCGACAACUACAACCGCAAGGGCUUCGGCCACAAGAAGGAGACCCUCGAGCUCAUGAGCCAGGAGUACACCAGCGAUGUAAUAAAGACGCUCAAGGACAACGGGAACGAGUACACCUGGGGGCCGGUGACCGUGAAGCUGGCGGAGGCCUACGGCUUCUGCUGGGGCGUCGAGCGCGCCGUGCAGAUCGCCUACGAGGCGCGCAAGCAGUUCCCCGAGGAGCGCAUCUGGAUCACCAACGAGAUCAUCCACAACCCCACGGUCAACAAGAAAUUGGAGGACAUGGGUGUCAAAGAUAUUCCUGUUAAUGCUGGUAUUAAGGAUUUUGAUGUUAUUGAACAAGGUGAUGUUGUCGUCUUGCCUGCAUUUGGAGCUGCUGUGGAUGAGAUGUACACACUAAAUGAGAAGAACGUGCAAAUUGUUGAUACAACAUGCCCUUGGGUUUCAAAGGUGUGGAACAUGGUUGAGAAGCAUAAGAAGGGCGACUAUACUUCUAUUAUUCACGGAAAAUAUGCCCAUGAAGAGACUGUUGCCACUGCUUCUUUUGCAGGGAAGUACAUUAUUGUGAAGAAUAUGGCCGAGGCAACAUAUGUAUGUGACUAUAUACUUGGUGGCCAACUUGAUGGAUCUAGCUCAACUAGAGAGGAGUUCCUUGAGAAAUUCAAAAAGGCUGUUUCUCCAGGAUUCGAUCCUGAUGUUGACUUGGAAAAGGCGGGCAUUGCAAAUCAAACAACAAUGCUUAAAGGAGAAACUGAAGAAAUUGGAAAACUUGUUGAGAAGACUAUGAUGCGUAAGUAUGGAGUCGAGAAUGCCAAUGAACACUUUGUUGCCUUCAACACUAUUUGUGAUGCCACACAGGAAAGACAAGAUGCGAUGUAUCACCUAGUGAAGGAAAAGGUUGACCUUAUUCUGGUUAUUGGAGGGUGGAACUCCAGUAAUACCUCUCAUCUGCAAGAAAUUGGAGAACUCAGUGGAAUUCCGUCCUACUGGAUUGACAGUGAACAAAGGAUUGGACCAGGAAACAGGAUUAGCUACAAGCUAAAUCACGGUGAACUUAUUGAGGCCGAAAACUGGCUACCAAAAGGGCCUAUCACAAUUGGAGUUACUUCUGGUGCCUCAACUCCAGACAAGGUUGUCGAGGAUACGCUACACAAGGUGUUUGACAUCAAGCGUCAAGAAGUUUUGCAGGUUGCAUAGAUUUUCAGCAAAAAUGGUCAGGGGAUAAUAAUAGCUGAUGGCCUGGCAAAGGUUAGUAGAACCGUUGAACAACCUAUCGUUGUACAGUAGCUAAGAAUGUAAUGCUUUAGCACAUACUUCUACAAGAAUAUCUGUGCUGGGAUACAUAUAUAUGUUGUAAUCACUUGUACCACGAACAGUUGUACACUUGUAUUCUGCUAUAACCCUUUGCCCUUGAAAAAUUGUUUUCAUAGGCUGGUUACAUAGAUAUCAACCACUGGGGUUUGUUGUUGGAUAGAGGUCAAAUGCGGGACUCCCUGUAUAUGGCAAGUGCAAGAAAUGCAGGGUUUCCUGUGUAUAUUAGGGGGCAAGUCCAAUUCCCAUUCUGAUAUGUUAAUGUGUCAUUUGUUGUAAUAAGUACUAGAAUUUAACUUUUCUCUGUAUUCA